AUGGAUCAAAAGCCUGGCAUUAUCAGGCUUGCUACGGAACCCGAAGCCUGCGCGCACUACACGAUGCGAGCGGAAGGAAUGGCUGGCCUGACACAGAUAAGCGCCAUGGAGGACCUCACGUUGUGUACACUUCGGGCGAGCGGGAGUAUGCUGGAAAGCUUCCAGAUUAUCAAGCAUUUGUUCGCCGGCCAAUCAAAACCCGGCGAACAGGCCCCCGACACCUACAUUGACCUUCCCGAGCUCCCGAACGGGGUCCAGUGGCCGGAUGACGAGAAUUGCGACAUAUUUCAAGGCCAAUUCCGGAUCGCUGCACCUGGAGGGAUGACGGCGCUAGUGCAGAGGAUGUUCCACACCAACAUGGAGCUAGUCAGCGAGCAGAGCGCCUACAACGUGACGAGAGAGGCCAGAGAGCAGCUAGAGCGGAAGAGCGACGCGAUCCUGGCCAAGAUCAAAAGCACCAUCUACAGCUAG